UCAAGGGUGGUACAGGCGCCUAAAGUUUUCACAUGACUCAGGACUACAUAGCACAGUAGAGCGGGGUCCCGCGGCGUAUGUUAUGAUUCUACUCCGAUUCUACGUUAACCACUUUAACCACUUCCACCACCUACCCUUCGCUGUCCUCCUUCGAUCCUCAUUCAGCCACGAUAUCUCGACAUCGCUUACCGCGGCAACCCGAAUAUCAUCUUUGAAUCGGCGUUAGUCGGACUUUGUUUACGCCCACCAUGUCCCAUGGCUUCAGGAUAACUUCUGCUUUAUGGGACAAGAUUCACCAUUUUGCCAGCUUUCCGCAAACCGGAGUCUCAUUGCAGCAAAUGGUUCUAUUUGGGCAGAAUCCCAGCCAAGGAACGUUACUGAAAGCCAGCCAAUUUCUUAGUGAGGAGUUACCUGUUCGACUCGCUCACCGGGCCAAGGAGCUGGAUGAACUACCUCACAAUCUCUCCGCCAUGCCUUCCAUUGAAAAGGUCAAGAAUUGGUAUGCUCAGAGCUUCGAGGAACUCAUCAAGUUUCCUCCGCUUCCUGCUCUUUCACCCGAAAUUCGGCGAUCGUUAUUCUCUCCUCCGUCUGUGGCAAACUCAAACCCCGAGCACCAGCUGCCUUCAUCUACACCCAAUCCUUCUCUUGAGCACAUGCUUCUGGUAGAUGAUGUUGCGAACCAAAACUUUCCAACCAGUCUCGAUGGAUCAGGUUCCAAUGGAUCACUAGCUUCCGGAAGCAUGGGAUUUUACGGUGGAGCGAACGGGUCAAAUGCUGGGUGGGCAAUUGGUAACGGGAAUGGGAAUGGGAACGGAACUGCAGUCGAAGGGUUUAACAAGUUGAAACUGAGAGUUCCGAUGGAGAGAAGAUACUUUGCCGCUCCGCUUUCUUCCAACAUAGACUGGCCACCAGAAGUGCGCGAUUACAACAAGCGGUUUACGAGAUUGCUAGAGACCAUCAAAACAAGACACGAUCCAACUGUCACUACAGUCGCGCAAGGUGUGCUGGAAUGGAAACGCUCACAACGAGCUCGUCAUAUAGGUCUUGAUAUGCAGCAGUGGUUGGAUAGAUUCUAUCUGAGUCGGAUCGGGAUCCGGUUUUUAAUAGGGCAACACAUUGCGCUAAAUACACAGGAAUCACACCCGGAUUAUGUCGGCAUUAUUUGCACUAACGCGAAUGUUCACGAUAUCAUUGAAGAAGCCAUAGAAAAUGCGAGAUUCGUCUGUGAAGAACAUUAUGCACUCUUCUCCUCCCCUCCGGUGCAGCUGAUUUGUCCACAAAAACUCACCUUCCCUUACGUCCCCGGUCACCUGUCUCACAUCAUAUUCGAGCUGUUGAAGAAUAGCUUGCGAGCAGUCGUGGAACGACACGGUGUAGGAAGUGAGGGUAACUUCCCGCCGAUCAAGGUGAUCGUCGUGGAAGGGAAAGAAGAUAUCACGAUCAAAAUAUCUGACGAGGGAGGUGGGAUUGCUCGUUCCGCAAUGGGCUUAAUUUGGACAUACAUGUACACGACGAUGAACCUAGGCCCUGGUGAAGGACUAGACGAAGGCUUCCGGGACAGCGAUUUCAAGGCGCCUAUGGCUGGUUUUGGAUAUGGACUUCCGCUGAGUCGAUUGUAUGCACGUUAUUUCGGGGGUGAUUUGCGUCUGAUUUCAAUGGAUGGGUUUGGAACAGAUGUUUAUAUCCAUCUCAAUCGAUUGAGUAGUAGCCGAGAACCUUUGCCUUGAUUAUCCCCGAGGUAUUGCUGUUGCUUUCCAAAGGCAAAAAUGGAUACC